UGUGUUCUCAGUGCUGCAAGCUUCAUUCCCGGAAUGGACACCUCGCAACCCGGUGUGGUUUUAGGUGCACCGGGUGUCAGAGAGCAGCAUCCCACCUCACUGCGCACGGAUUUCAGUGGCUCUGACUGAUUUCUGCCAUGCAUCCGCAUUGGAAAAUUGUGCGGCAUGCUGCCACUGCUUGUCAUUUCCAUGUGCUUUGAUGUAUGAUUGUAACACCAUGUUUUUUCCUAAUUUAUCAGACCCGUUUACUGAUAAAAGAUCAUCUCAUUGCUGGCAGCUGCACGAUUUGUCUACCUGUGUCCGUCCUCACUGACAUCUCCUUUGCACACAAGCUGUGAUUUGUAGAUUUUUUUUUUUCCCUUUUUGCAAGGCAUCUUCAUCAUCCUCACCAGCAGCACAGCAGUUCAGAAAUGCCUCUUCUGGCUGCAGACAUCCCGCCAGCCUUCUUAAAAUAAAAACCGUCAGGAUCACGGGGUGAAGCGACAUGGAUAGUGGCAGCCGGGCUGCGACGGUCGGGGACGGUGCAGCCAAUUUCUCAGCAGCCCACCUCUGGCUGGAUCUCCUGAACGCGUCGAGCCCGCCGACCCGGUGGGACAGCAGCCCACCUACCGAGGGGACUGGGCUGGAGGACCAGCAGCGCCUCAUCCGAGAGCAAGCCUACCGGGACUUCACCACCACCAUUCAGGUUUUCAUCCUCAUAGGUUCGCUGCUCGGAAAUGCCACGGUGUUGUGGUGCACCUGCUGCACGAAUGUCUUUAAAUCUGUGACCAAUCGCUUCAUCAAGAACCUGGCAUGCUCGGGUAUCUGCGCCGGCCUGGUGUGCGUUCCCUUCGAUGUGGUACUCGGUGCCAGCCCUCGCUGCUGUUGGUGGCUUCACACUCUGCUGCUCUGCAAGGCCAUGAAGUUCCUCCACAAACUCUUCUGCUCCGUCACUGUCCUCAGUUUCAGCGCCAUCGCACUCGACAGAUACUACUCAGUGCUUUACCCGUUAGAGAGGAAGAUCUCCGACGCAAGAUCCAGAGAUCUGGUCAUCUACAUCUGGGUCCACGCAGUGGUGGUGAGCCUCCCUGUGUUUGCUGUUACCAACGUAACAGAUGUGUACGUCACCUCGUCCUGCUCAGACGACCACGCCCACUCCCUGGGCCACAUGGUUUACGUGUUGAUCUACAACGUCACCACGGUGAUCCUCCCCCUCGCUCUGGUCUUCCUCUUCAUGCUGCUGAUCCGCAGAGCGCUCAGUGCCAGCCAGAAGAAGAAGGUGAUAAUUGCGGCGUUGCGGACUCCCCAGAACAGUAUCUCCAUCCCGUAUGUGUCCCAGCGAGAGGCUGAGCUACACGCCACUCUGCUGGCUGUGGUGCUGGCUUUCUCGGCCUGCAGCGCUCCCUAUGGGGCUUUGGUGGUUUAUCGCACCAUUUUGGCAGACAUCAAGGAGCUGCCCAUCUCACUAUAUCUCACUGCCCUUUGGCUACCCAAGGUGUCCCUGCUCACCAACCCACUUUUAUUUCUGACUGUUAACCGCUCAGCACGCCACAGCUGGCUGGACCUGCUGGCUCGGAUUCACAGACGUUACAGCCGCCGUAACGUGGUCAGCACCGGGGGUCUGGCAUCUCUGGGGGGGGAGGGUGUGAUAGGGGAGCCGGUGGGACUGGAGACAGCAGGUCGCUCUGGGAGCCAGCUUCUGGAGAUGUUUAACAUCGGCCAGCAGCAGAUCUUCAGACCCUCUGAGGAAGAAGAGGAAGAGGAGGAAGUAGAGAAUGAAAUCCCUUCUCAAGGAUCAGGGGGUUGCUCUGGACCCAAAGAGGACCAUAAGGGUGGGUCAAGACUAGGGAGUCUCAGAGGGGAGGUGAUCACCAAAAAAGACUCUCUGCAAGGGCCAGGAGGAGGGCUUGUCAUCACCAAAGAGGGCCCUCCUUCAAUUCUAGCGCCCCGGGCCUCUCCGGUCCACACAUGCGCGUACACCUCUUCAUCACAGGUGGCACCAGCUACACCUACAGAAGUUGAGGACUCCACACAGUUUGGGUUUGGACCCUUUGAGCUGCCACCUCAGUGGUUACCUGAGACCAGGAACAGCAAGAAGAGGCUGCUGCCUCCGCUGGGAAACACACCUGAAGAACUAAUCCAGACUAAACUGCCCAGACCACGUCCUGAACGACGAAUAAGCAGGAACAACAAAGUCAGCACCAUCCCCACUGUGGACCCAUGAACUAUUCCUGCUGGCCUCUGAUCUGCAACACUGGACUCAGCUCAUUACAGGGAGGGCCACUUGGGUCGAUGACGCCUUGGCAGGAUAUUGAUGUGUCGAGCUGCUCAAUGAGAUGCUCGGUUUCUUUUGGUUAAUUUAAACCUUUUCACCUGUUUUUUGGAUUUCCUCAGAUGCAGUUGUAGCCAUUGUAGAAGUGCAGAAGUGGCACUGCUUUUUUCUUGUUGGACAAAAAUCAAUUUGAUAUUAAAUAUUUAUUAUGCUGUGAGAAAUAUGUCUGCCCAAUUCAAUUCCAUGGUUAGCAACCUCUGCAAUAGCUACAUGAUCGAGAAGGCAGAUACCUUUUUUUUAUUAGAGCUCAGCUGGCAUCAAUAGUUAAAUCAAACACACUGUACAAAUUCAAUUAUGCUGAGAGAUGCACUGAUAGUGGAUGACAUAUUUCGUUAGCAUAUAAUCAAGCGAGGUUAUUGAACCUCUUAAAAAAACAUUUUAUGCUGUGAUUUCACUGUAAAUAAACACAUCUCAAUGUGAAUCCCUUCACAGGUUUUACUUCAAUAUUUGGAAUGAACUCGCUCCUUGGUGGCCUUUUUCUCAAGUCCCACUUUUAGAAUAUUCACAAUAUUUCUUCUAAUGU